GCUCCGAGGCGCCGACCCCCGCGCCCGCGCCCCCGAGCUGGCCGCCGGGGCGCGGCGAACCUGGAGAAGUUGGUGAGGAGGCCCGGAGAGCCCAGGAGUUUGCAAGCCGGGCCGCCGCCCGAGUUCUGGAUCCACCUGGCCGUGGUGGCCUGUGGCAAUCGGCUGGAGGAGACGCUGGUCAUGCUCAAAUCAGCCGUGCUCUUCAGCCACAGGAAGAUCCAAUUUCACAUCUUCACUGAGGAGUCUCUGAAGCCUGAGUUUGACAAGCAGCUCCGAGAGUGGCCUGACUCCUAUACCAGGAAGUUUGAGCACAGAGUGUACCCCAUCACGUUUUCUGUCGGAAACCCUCAGGAGUGGAAGAAAUUGUUCAAACCCUGUGCCGCCCAGAGACUCUUUCUUCCGGUGAUUUUAAAGGAUGUGGAUUCUCUUCUCUACGUGGACACAGACGUCCUCUUCCUAAGGCCCGUGGAUGACAUCUGGAAGCUUCUGAGGAAGUUUAACUCCACCCAGCUGGCAGCCAUGGCCCCCGAGCAUGAGAUCCCAAAGAUUGGCUGGUACAGCCGCUUCGCCCGGCACCCUUUCUAUGGCUCUGCGGGGGUGAACUCGGGAGUCAUGUUAAUGAAUCUGACCCGGAUAAGAAGCACCCAGUUCAAGAACAGCGUGAUUCCCACGGGCUUGGCGUGGGGGGACAUGUUGUACCCUCUGUACCAGAAAUACAAGAAUGCCAUCACAUGGGGAGACCAGGACUUGUUAAAUAUCAUUUUCUAUUUCAACCCAGAUUUUGAGAAGAGGGGUAAAAAGGAAGUUUGCCCUGUCCUGGAUCAGUUUCUUUGUCAUGUAGCCAAGACUGGAGAAACAAUGAUUCAGUGGUCCCAAUUUAAAGGCUAUUUUAUUUUCAAACUGGAGAAAGUGAUGGAUGAUUUCAGAACUUCAGCUCCUGAACCACGAGGUCCUCCCAACCCUAAUGUCGAGUAUAUUCCCUUUGAUGAAAUGAAGGAAAGAAUACUGAAAAUUGUCACUGGAUUUAAUGGUAUCCCUUUUACUAUUCAGCGACUAUGUGAAUUGCUAACAGACCCAAGAAGAAACUAUACAGGAACAGACAAAUUUCUCAGAGGAGUAGAAAAGAAUGUGAUGGUUGUUAGCUGUGUUUAUCCUUCUUCAGAGAAAACCAGUUCUAAUAGUUUAAAUAGAAUGAAUGGUGUUAUGUUUCCUGGAAAUUCACCAAGCUAUACUGACAGGUCUAAUAUAAAUGGGCCUGGGACGCCCAGGCCACUUAAUCGACCAAAGGUUUCUUUGUCAGUUCCAAUGACAACAAAUGGUUUGCCUGAGAGCCCAGACAGUAAAGAGUCAAACUUACAGCAAAAUGAAGAGAAAAACCACAGUGACUCGCUGGCAUCUGAAUCAGAAGUCUCCUCAGUGAGCCCCAUAAAAAACAAACACCCAGAUGAAGACGCUGUAGAAGCCGAGGGCCACGAAGUAAAAAGACUCAGGUUUGACAAAGAAGGGGAAGUGAGAGAGGCGGCUGGGCAGACAGCUUCCAGUGAGAGUUCUUCAGUUCUGGCAGAAGACACAGAGGCCCUGUCUUCACCUCAGGGCAAAGACAAAGAAAGCCACACUGCCAGGCAGCACUGUGCAGAAGACGAGGAGGAAGAGGAGGAAGAGGAGGAAGAAGAGUCUUUUAUGACACCAAGAGAAAUGAUCCCAGAAAGAAAAAAUCAAGAAAAAGAAUCUGCUGAUGCCUUAACUGUGAAUGAAGAGACUUCUGAGGAAAAUACUCAAAUGGAGGAUUCCGAUGUGUCUCAAGCGGAGAAAGAUUUACACUCUGAAGGCAGUGAAAACACAGGCCCUGUAAGUAAUGGUUCUAACUGCCAUGAAACAGAAGAAUUAGAAGGCUCCAGCUCCAGUGAACCUGGAGAGAUUCUGUCAGAGUCAUCCAUGGAAAAUGAUGAUGAAGCCUCAGAAGUCCCAGAGGAGCCAAUGGAGCAGGACUGACUGUUUAGAAACACAUAGAUGCAGUAUUUUACAUACAGUUCUGGUUUUACACUGUAUAAAACUUUUAUGUGAUAAAGUGGACCUGUAGUUUUACAAGAGAAACAGGUUGUAAAGUACUUUAAAUCCUGAAAGAGUUGUACAUGUAAGAACUGUGAAUAUCAGCUCCUCUGGGUCCUGCUUACCGCUCACUGUUUUUUUUGGUCUGGUCAAAUCAGUGGUUUGUGUAUAGAUUUUUUUUUUUUUUAAUUUAGGAUUAAAGUUUUUAAACUGGAAGGUAAUAAUUAUAAUUUUGAAAACUUUUUUGAGAUUAUCACAUUUAGUUUAUACAUAUGCAAGAAAGCUUUUUGUCUAGUCUCUUGACAGCUCUAGCAGUUUUCCUGUUUUGGUCAUAGUUUCAAUAUUUUAACGUGAAUUGUAGGGUUUCAUGCUGGUUUCCAGAUUUUAUUGUUUGUGUACAAUGGAACUUUAAGUCAUAUAUACAUAUAUAUAUAAAUACAUAUAUAUACAUAUAUAUUAUUCUAAGGGGGGAAAUGUUAUAUUUUUCUGUUUCUAUAAGAGAUGAAUACAGUGGAUACUUUUUCUAUUGGUAAUGAUUGAGUUCACCUCUUUCAGAAGACAUUUUCUUUCUCUUCUGAGUAAUUCAAAUAAAAUCUGGCCCUUGUGAAACCCUGGAAAUCUUGUCUGUUGAAAUACCAGGUUAAACACAUUCCAAGAGAUUUGAAGUUUUUUGUAUACUUCUAAGGUGCCUGAGAAAAACACAUGGUUAUUUAUGAGAAGAUGUACUUAUCUUGGAAAUUGUGUUCCAACAGUAGCUUACUGUGUUGUAGAAUGAAUGCUUCUGAAGCUGACAUGAGACCAUCUCAGAAGAACCAGGCAGGUUCCUUGACUUUUUGCUUGCUUUUCUGAACAUUGUGAAUAUUACGCAUUUCUUUCUAAAUUAUUCUAGAGUAUGCAAAUGUCAAUGGUAUGAAACACCACUGUACUGGAAGAAUUAAUAUAUUACUUUAGUAAUGUACCUGAGCUAAUUGAGGCGUUAGGGGUACAUAGAAACCACCAUAAUUUGUAUGACAUUUUGAAGUGAAUUAAAUAUUUUUGAACAUGCUUCUUCGACAGCCAGUGUUAUAUUUUUCAAAUCAACACAAAGCACAAUGAUUACUCUAAACUCAAUAUUUUCAAAUUCACAUAUUUAAAGUCAUGUGAGCUGCAACUUCCCUGUCAAAAUUACUGGCUGCCAAAUUUAUACCUGUUUCCUCAGCUGUACUUUUUGAUAUUAGAAUUUUUAAAUUUCUGUAAAGUAGAUUUUGUAGAAUGUAAUGUGUUCACUGCCUUUGUGAAGCGGUAUAUAAUUGUAUAAUUUCUGUGUGUAAACUUGGCUUGGGCUUUCAAUACAGUAUUCAUAUAAAGCAAUAAAUAUUAAUGUUAUGAAAUAUUGGAGUACAUUUUUAUCAAAAUAUAAGAGAACACCUUUUUUAGUUUCAGAUACCUGAAGUACACAGAUAAACUUAUAAAACUGAUGCAAAUAAUUCCUGACACUAUAUCAUAUGCUUUUGGGCCGUUUGGAGGGAAACCACAAAAUUUUGCGUUUUAUCAACUAAAAUUGCUAUGACUAAAAUUACCAGAAUGAUUUGGCUCCGUGAAAGUUUGUAGGAUAAUAUACUACUGAUUAACUUGACUGUCAAAUUCACAGCAGCUAGGUAAUAUAUUUGUGAAUAUGUCUUACUGUUGAAAUAAAAACUGAAUAAUGAGUCUCUGUACUCAAGAGGGAAGAAAAAAACAAACUGUAGAUUUUUCAAAAAUUUUUUGCAAAAAUGUUAAGAUGAAGCUAACUCUAAAUGUGACAUUCAUUUGUAGUGACCUGUUAAUUUUAUCAAGGGAUCUUUUGCCAAUGAGAACAGAUUUUAAACAUUUUAAGUUUAGAAAUUCUUGAAAUUUUCUUUAGACUAUUUAUGAGAUUAUUGUCAAUAAACCUAUUCUUUAAGAUCCUGUGACCUUUUGAUAUUUUUUAUUUUAAUUGUGCCAUGGACCAUUUGUAAACAAGUCGAAUUACUUUUUUGUUGGUUAUUAGUUGAAGAUUUAACAUCACGACUUUUGAGGUCUGUGGUUUUAUUUGUAAACUUGCAAUUAACUCUUUUUGCAAGGGCAAAUGUAUUUCUUUAUUAAAUAAAGUACAAUAAUGGUGAAUGUACCAAAAUGACAUCACUUAACUCUAUGAGAAAUCCUGCAUUUUACUCUAUAGUUUAAUAGUUUUAAUAUUUAUUAGAUAUUCAUGUUGAUCAUAGAUCAAAGUUGUUGCUGUUUAUACAGAUAAUUGUAGAAUGCUAAUGGAAUAUCUUUAGGAUAGGUGGAAUACUUCUGUAGUUAAAUUGGGAAACCUUGUUCAGCUGGCUUUAGGUACUGAUGGCCAUUUGAAGUAAAUUUCUGCAGGUAUGCAUAGGUGCACUUAACGCAGACUUGCUUGAUGAAAUUGUCAGUUCCAAUUCACUUGUGAAUUUUAAAAAGGCUAAUUUUAGGCACAUUUUCUUAAUAGACAACAAGCAAAGUCCUAUUAAAAGAUUAAAGUGAAGAAUCAAGACCUUGGUGAUUAAAGACACAUUUAUUUUUGAUCUUGAACAGAUUGUUUGCAGUUACUAUAGACUCUGAAUCUAACAUGUCACAGGAAUUGGAAGAUGCUAAUGAGGAAAGUGAGUAUAUAUGUAAUGUUUUUAGCACUUUUCUCUCUCAUAAAAGUGAAAACCGCCUCAUACAUUUUUGAAGAAUCCAGUUCAUUUCUAAAGUUGUAGCAGAACAGAAAUAUGUAGUGAACGUGUCCUAUUUUAAAUGUUGAUUAUUAGAUUUAAUCCACCUAGGGUUUGUCAUAUAACUACACCUGUCAAGUGUACCUGGAGCACCGAAUUGCCAUUUGGGGGGCCAUUAGGGUCCUUCGGCUUGGGGAGGUGUCCCAGCAGCCAUGGGCCAGAAGAUGUGGCCUCCCGCACCAGUGAGGUUCAGAGUAGUUUAUUUUGCCAGUGUAGAUAGGCAUGUAUUUAUGCAUUUUUGCAUUUGUAAAAUCAGCAAUUUUUCAAAUAAUGUAAAUGUAAUAUACUAGCUUACUUACAAAGGUACUUGGGCAGAAUCUAAAGCUGCUACAAUGUUUGUGAAAAACUGUAACUUGUGGUAAGGAUGAAAAUGCAACUUGUAGAACCAAAGGAAAUAAAAAUUUGGGGUAGUUCAAACUGUUUUUUUCUGAACAGGAGUUUCUUAAGUACGUUGAUUUGGAUGACAUGAAGAUCAGUUCUCUUGAGACACGUGCUGAUCAUAAAAUGGUUGAAUGCAAAAACAUCUGUAAUUUCAUAUGGAAUUAUUACAAUUAGGUUUACUGGGUUAUCGGCCUACUUAUAAGAAUGCAAGUAUGUAUUGGUUAGAGUACAUCUAUUUCACGUUUAAAAAAUUAAAAAAUAAUCAGUACACUUCAGAAUUUUAUUUCAUCUUGGAGUCUAGAUUACUUUGCCAAAUAAAUGUAUUAUUUUCAUAAUGCAAUAAAGUAUAAAUUAGAAGAUA